CCGAGCCCAACUCGCUGCCCUUCGCUGCCGGAGAGACCUUCCUGCUCCUGGAGCGCAGCAACCAGCACUGGUGGCUCGUCACCCGCGCCGGCUCUGGCGAGACGGGCUACGCGCCGGCCUCCUACCUUCAACGGCUGCAGACUGUUUUGGCAUGAGGCACGUGUUCUGGUUACUGGAGAAUGCAGAAUUAUGAGGGGAAGGAAUCUGUGGCUGAUUCUGGUCAUCGUGGCCAGUAAACAGGGUCUGAGCAUGGCUGGAGAGACCUAGGAUGAAGCAUUUCCACCUCAGGAAGUACAAGCAUGCAGUGGUGCUGGAGCAGGAUGUGGUUCUCCAGUCCAUUGACCGUGCUAUUGAGGCUGUGCACAAUGCAGCAAUGAAGAAUGGGGGGAAAUACAACCUGGAGCAGAGGGAUGUCCUCCAAAAACUGAUCCAUCACCGGAAGGAGACUGUGUCCCGUAAAAGCCACUCUCCCACCCCGCAGGGGACAGUUAUGACUCAGUCCUCCAGUGAUCACCACCUGGAUGUGUCCCGGCAGCCCAACGGGGUGUGCCGGACAGGGUAUGAGCGGCACCACAGCCUUCCCAACACCGAGUUCGAGGAGGAGGAUGAAGGUCUCUAUCAGAUCCCACCACAGGCUUGUCAUGCUGCUCCUGUCACCCCCCCACCUCCAGAGAAGCGCAAGAACACACAGAUUGCUGCUCCCAUUAAAAAUGCUGUUGAAAUUAUUCCUGGGUCAGCUUCUAGUGCCUCCUCUAUAAGCACGACAUCCCUGGAUACCUUGUACACUGCUUCUUCUGUAUCUGAGAGUGCUCUCCCAACAUCCACCUCCAGUCCUGCCAACACUCCACCCCCUGUCCCAAGCCGGAGUGUACAUACCACGAUCACACGCAAUUUGGACAGUGGCUCUGUGACCCAUUCCCGUUAUGGGACUUCCCCAAAGGAUACCAGCAAAUCUCCACAGUCCAAGAGGGCUGCCCCAGCACUGCCAGCUGAAGGGGGGACCCAGAGGUCCCACAAUGUGGAUGGGGAGAAGACUUCUCAGAUAAAGAAAACUGCCCCACCCCCCCCUGCAAGCCUGGAUGCCUUCAGCAACCUCUGCCUUGAGGAUAAGAAGGCAGCUGGGGUGGAAUCACUGCCAGCAGAACCCAGUGCCCUGGUGGCCUCCGUGCCCAAGACAAUUGGUGCCGAACUGAUUGAGCUGGUGCGCAGGAACACCCACCUCAGCUACGAGCUGUCCCGUGUGGCCAUUGGCAUUGUCAUUGGCCACAUCCAGACCUCUGUCCCCGCAACCAGCAGCAUCAUGGAGCAGAUACUCAUCUCUGUGGUGGAGAGUAAGAACCUGAGUGCGGGGCUGCCCUCGGGCCAGAUCUGCCAUGACGAGCAGCGGCUGGAGGUGAUCUUUGCAGAUCUGGCCAGGCACAAGGAUGAUGCUCAGCAGCGCAGCUGGGCACUCUACGAGGAUGAGAAUGUCAUCUGCUGCUACCUGGAGGAGCUGCUUCACAUCCUGACAGAUGCAGACCCAGAAGUUUGCAAGAAAAUGUGCAAGAAGAAUGAGUUUGAAUCUGUCCUGUCCCUUGUGGCAUAUUAUCAGAUGGAACACAGGGUGCCAUUGCGCCUGCUGCUGUUGAAGUGCUUUGGAGCCAUGUGCAACUUGGAUGCUGCUGUUAUCUCAACGCUUGUGAAUUCUGUGCUGCCGAUGGAGCUGGCCCGGGACAUGCAGACUCACACACAGGAUCAUCAAAAGAUGUGUUACUCUGCACUGGUGCUGGCCAUGAUGUUCUCCAUGGGGGAGCCCCUGCCAUAUCACCACUAUGAACAUCUCAACUCUCAGUUUGUGCAGUUCCUGCUGGAUGUGAUUGAGGACGGGCUGCCCUCGGACACUACUGACCAGCUGCCUGACUUAUUUGUCAAUGUCCUUCUGGCCUUCAAUCUCCACAUUCCAGUUCCAGAACACAGUGUGAUCAUGACUACAAUAAGCAAGCACUCCAACGUCAAGAUUUUCACAGAGAAGCUGCUGCUGCUGCUGAACAGAGGAGAUGAUCCAGUUUGCAUCUUCAAGCAUCAACCUCAGCCACCACACUCAGUGCUGAAGUUUCUGCAGGAUAUCUUUGCCAGCAAGGAUACAGCCAGCAUCUUCUACCACACAGACAUGAUGGUCCUGAUAGACAUCCUGGUGCGGCAGCUUGCUGAUCUCUCCCCUGGAGACAAGAUCUUUCACUGUGCUCUGUGGUUUGUCUCCCCUCCCACUUGGCAGCUGAGGAUGGAGUAUCUGUCCCUGAUGCAUGCUAUCAUCCGCUCCACGCCCUAUCUGCAACACCAGCACCGUCUGGCUGACCUGCAGGGCAUCCUGCAGCGCAUCCUGGGCGAGGAGGAGGAGGACCAGCAGUGCCAGAUGGAGAAACUGAUCAUCUUGGAGAUUUAUAAGGAGUUCCCAGAAAUCUCUUCUGGUACCAGCUAAUGCUCCUCAGCUUGGACUGGAGUUUGAACCACUUGGAUUGACUACAUCUUUUGUUGACACUUUCUCCCCAUUCCCUCCCAGUACACCUUGUACCUUGUAUCCCUCUGUGUGAGGCCUGAAGUUGGGACAGCAUUCACUGGCCUUUUGGAAGCACCGGUGGCAGAGAGAGUGUGGGAUGUGCCCGGGGCAGGCAUAGCAGGGUGGGUGCUGGUGUGUAGUUUGCCUGCAAGACUCAGCAGGAGCUAUUUGGGCAGCUGGUGUUAGUGGGAAGGGCAGAGAGCUUGUGAGGGCUUAGUAGCCAGCGUGGGGGGAUGUUUAGCUGCACUGGUGUCCCAAGGUCCUGAAGAGAAAGGCCUUUGCCUUAGAGUAUCACUUCUUUUCCAUGUGCAUCUCUCUCCCUGCAGUGACCAAGUGGAGUCCGCUGGUGCUUGGAAGAAGCUUUUGUAACAUCUGUUUUGUUUCCUACUGCUAGUGCCAAUGUGCUGCGGCACUUUCAAGGGAAAGUAGCUGCUCGCUGUCUAAUGCCUUGUCUAGUGAACCUUUUAUUCCCUCCUAGCCUUCAGCUUUGCGUCUGGGCAGCAGCCCACCUUGGGUCAUGGAGGUCUUACCCCAGCAGCUGCUUUUCAAUCUGCUUUCUAUAGUGAUGUUUAAAUCUGAAUUUCUUGCACACUGUGGCGCCUAGAAGUAAGAGCCAUAUGAGUGACACUGCCCCUUGGAAGCCCUUGGCCAGACACAGUAGUCUGGCCAAGGCAUGUCCUGCCAAGUGAAGCUGCCACUUGCCACGUCUGUUGCAGCAUUGCCUCGAGCAGAGGGGCUGCCCUUGGGCAGGCACGCUCUGUUCAUGAAGCACGUGCAUUUCUAGCCUUGAGCUUCAUAGUAGCUCUGCCUCACAGCCCUCCCUGUUCCCAUGGCAGCGCUCAGAGGCAGUGUGAGCCUAGUGUCCAGUAGCUGUUUGUGACUAAGCUAAUUGUGGGGAACCCUUAUUUUUAUUUCCUUUAGAUUUCUAGCAAAUGGGAUUAACUUGCUUCCCUGGUCCAGAAAGUCACACACACUAAUGUGGGUCUCUUAGAUAUUUGUCUACACAGUGUGGUCACUCUCUGUCCGCAAGUGUGGGACUAGCUAGUGUGGGAGCUGUGAAACUGGAAAUACUGGGCACUGUAUUUACCUUUUUUUUUUACUUCUUUUUUUUUGUUAUUGUUGGGGGUUUUGUUUUGUUUUGUUGUUUUGUUGUUAGCUUGAGGGGAUGACACAAGCUCUGCAGGCCUGGAUUGGGCACUGGGGCAGUAAUGCUUUGAGGGGAGGUUGACCUGGCAGACAAGGGGGGCAAGGAAGUCAGCCUGGGAAUGCCCAAGCUUAAUAACCACCCUAGUAGAGAAACCUACUUUUUCCCUGUAAAAAUGUAUGAAUGUCCAAAGGGAUACUGUAUUUUCUUAAACACUAUGUGUAACCUGCAGAAGAAUAAAAAUGUCUUAAACUGGA